AGCUACGUCACUUCCGGGCAGUAGGGAGAGAAAAUGACAGCUGGUUUGUUUUCAUCAACAAGGAGAAUCCAAAGUACACAUUGAAGUGUCAUGUGGUGAACGUCAUCCAUGUCCCUUUUCGGGCCUGCCUAGAGCAAAUUCUGCCGGCUGACCAAAGAGGGACCAGCACUUUUCCUGCAGACGCCUGUCAGCCCUAACAGCCACUCUGGAGCCACCGGUACAGAAACAGAAGAGGAUAGUGAGCAGUGAUAGCGGUCAAGUCAAGGGAAACUUCUGUUUGGCUGAAGGGGAGGCUGCUCAGCUGGAAGGAGCCAUGGAGCCACCAGAGGACAAGGAGGGCCGUACGUUUGUGGAGGUGAUCAGUGAAAAGUACAGUCCAGAGAACUUCCCGUACCGCAGAGGGCCUGGUAUGGGGGUGGUGGUGGUGCCCACCCAAGGUCCCCAGGGUUCCCCUAUGAAAGACCGUCUGAACCUGCCCAGUGUGCUGGUGUUGAAUGGCUGUGGGAUCAGCAGGGCAGGAGACCAGGCUGAGAUUUCUGCCUUCUGUGCUCAUGUCAUGGAGCUGGACCUCUCCCACAACAAGCUGCAGGACUGGCAUGAGAUCAGUAAAAUUGUGUCCAAUAUCCCCAAUCUGGAGUUCCUCAACCUGAGCUCCAACCCCCUGGCAGGCAUGACCCUGGAGCCGCGGUGUGCUGAAACCUUUUCUCGGGUGCGGCGCCUCGUCCUCAACAACACUCAGGUGUCCUGGGACACCGUACUGCUGCUCACCAGAGAGAUACCUGAGCUGGAGGAGUUGUUCCUGUGCCUUAAUGAGUACAGUAGUGUGAGUGCCUCCAGCGUGGCCUGCCCCACCCUUCGCCUGCUUCACAUCACCGACAACAGCCUCCAGGACUGGGCCGAAGUCCGCAAGUUUGGCUCCAUGUUCCCCAGCUUGGACACUCUGGUUAUGGCCAACAACAACUUGGCUUCCAUUCAGGACGGCAAGGAUAUCCUGCAAAGGCUCUUCCCCAACUUACGCAGCAUCAACCUGCACAACUCAGGUCUCAAUCAAUGGGAAGAUAUUGAAAAACUGAAUUUCUUCCCUAAACUGGAAGAAGUGCGACUGCAGGGCAUUCCUUUACUGCAGACCUACACCAACGCAGAGCGACGCAGCCUCAUGAUAGCACAGCUUCCCUGCAUAUCAAUGCUGAACGGCAGCAGUGUGACCGACAGUGAGAGAGAAGACGCAGAGAGGUUCUUCAUCCGUUACUACUUAGACUACCCAGAGGAGGAGCUGCCUUUUAGAUACCAUUCCCUGGUAACCAAGUAUGGGAAGCUGGAGCCGCUCGCCGAGAUUGAUCUUCGACCUCGAUGCCGUGCUCAGGUGGAAGUUCACUGUGAGGAGAAAGUAGAACAGCUGAACAUCCGUUUGGACCAGACGGUAGCUGAACUGAAGAAGCAGCUGACAACAGUGGUCCAGCUGUCUGCGAACAGCAUGAGGCUCUACUACAUCGACAAGGGCAGCGCCUUCGGCCCGGAGGAGAUGAAGUACAACACCCGGGCCCUCCACUCCUACAGCAUCCAAGACGGUGAUGAAAUACUGGUUGUGCCCAAGACCAAGUGAACAGCAAGCGUCCGGCGGGCUGACGAAAGAGAAUUGAUUAACUGGAUUAUUUGUUGAUUGGUUUACUGACAUUGCAGAAUAAAUUGGAAAACACAUACGGAACAGCAGCACCCCACUUUCUGGAAUGGAGAGAGAGGAAAACAGCAAAAGGUGAAAGUGAUGCGAGCACCAUCAUAGAGACUGGACAGUGUGCUGCUGGAAAUGCAGCCCGGAGAGAAUUUUGUCUUUAUUUAUUUCAGCUUUAUUUGAGGGAAACCACUGCAGCUAGUGGGCAAAUCUGUCACACUGAAGAGCAGGCUGAGAGAGCAACUCGCAGUCAGCUAGCAGCUUUAGCGGAGGGGAAGGCGCUGCUGUACCAGCAAAGCUUUGCUGCAGCUCUAUCUCUUAGCACACGGCAUGUACCAUAGCACCUGCAUAGGCAAGUAACCAACACCACUCGCUUGCCUACUUCUCGCAAAAGCUACCCUGAUCAGUAGUGACGCAGUGCUGCCGAGUGGAGAGGGGCUCUCAUCUGCACUUUUACCUUAGGCACAAUAUCAGGAAGAGCAGCAGUUGUUAGAGGAACACUCUUGCCUAAAACACUGUUAAAUGCAGGGCUGGUGAUGAAACUUGCAUUUUUUUUUGUGGGUCCAUUUUGUUGUUAAGUGGUGUUAAUUCCAUAUUUCUGUGGCAAAUUGCCAAACUUGGAGGAUAGUGCGUCAUUUUCAUAUAGAACAGGUGUUCUUUCAGAGCCAUAAUGACACUUAAAAUUAGAGUAAAAUGUUAAGAAUAAGCAGAUUUUAAAUCCCCUACAGACAUGUUAAAGCUUGUGUGAUAUAGGUUUUCCACAAGAUAAUCUUUAAAUGACAUCAUCUCCUUCUCUCUUAUUGAAAAAUACCAAAUUUAUGAAUAUGCAAGUAUUAUUCAUUCUCAUCUGAGCAUAGGAUGUCAGCUGUCCACGUCCCACUUCCACAGUAGUCAUAAAUCACUGCUUGUACAAACAUGUGAAACUGAGAGUCAAGGUGAGAACAGAAAUGCUUCCCCUUCAGCAGAUGAAUGUGAAAAUGCUUCUCUACAGUCAAACUCACACAGUGAAGCUCAGACAUCCAGGUGAAGUCAUUAUGAAUGGAGGGAGACUUUAAAUACAGCAAAAAGGCAUGAAGCAGGUUAAGGGAAAACCGGCUGUAGAAAAAGCAAAAUUAGGCCGCUUCAUGGCAAAAUAACUACGGCAACAAAACACUCACAAACUGAUGACAUCUAACAGAGAGCAGGCUCCUUAUGGGUCUGUGAUUUCCAUUAUCAGCAACUAAAUUCUGACCUUACUGUCUUUCUCAUCACAUGUAUACACAGGCUACCUUUAAGCUGCUGUUGUGUCGUGUUAUGUGCCGCCCCCUACAGGCUUCAUUGUGUCUUUGAUUGUAAAAACAAAGUGCUCUGCCACCGCAGGUACCUCACUAGAGGAGAUUCUUUGUGAGGAAAGAGUGACACAAACACACAGCAGGGUACCUACAAGACAAUCUCCUAGGGAACAGUCUGCAUCAGAGCGACAGCAUUGUUGAUUAUAUUCGGACCAUGUUGUUUCAUUUAGAACGCUCUUGGGUGAACUUUUUCAUGGACUAUGGUAGCAGUGUGGUUUUAGCCCCUGAUUUUGAGCAAAUGGUGUGGUAAUAUUGUCACAUUAUCAUCAGGCAUGUAAGGUAACCACAUUCCUUUUUACCUUUUUUUUGUCAUAGAAAUUAUGAAUGCAUAAUGUCUUUAAUUACGUCUUUAGCGAUCCUUUAAAUGCUUAAUCAGCGUACUUUCUUUAUCGCUUCUUUACACAUGUUGAAGUAUGUAAUCAUCCCUGAACAGAUGCUGAUCUCAGUUAAGUGCAUUUAUAUGUGUCUUUGAACUGCACACUAUCAGUGAAAUAUCCCCUCAAGUCAUCUGACACAUGCUACUCUACUAUACAUUUCAGUCCAUCCUGCACAGAGAUAGUUUCACCAAAGAUAGCUCAUUAUGUUGGUAUUGUUGUUAUUAUAAUGUGGAAUAUAUGCGGUAAGUAUUGAUUUUGAUAUUGAGCAUCCAUCUCGUAUAAGAGGAGCAUUGAUGUUAGAUGUCUGGUGCUAUUGAUUUUUCCUAUAGCAAGCGGUUCAGCAGAGUAGGAGAUUCUGACACAGUGUUACUGCUAUGGAAACAGCUCAUACAUCUUUGGCUGUUUGGAAACAAAUGUGUGUUUGGGCUGUAGCUCCAGUUCAUCCACUGUCAAAAGAAAACUCGGCUCAUUGUUCUUGAGCCUCUUUUUACCCUCCAAAAGUAUCAGUAUCUCAAGUAUGUAAAUACCACAACUUUUCCCUCCUUAACUAUAUUUUACCAGUGUUGGUUUUCUAACACUACUGCUAUACUUGAACAAGACUAUAUAUGAAGGUAUAUACAGCAGGUUAAAUGAGAAGAGUUACAGUACUGAAGCCCUUUCUACCCAUUUUACCACAGUAGUGCUGAAUAAAUGUUAGUGUAGCAUGAACCACAGCCAUAGAAACCAGCACACAAAGAGGCAGCAGUGCAGUGCUGGCACCAACAUCAAGUCUGGACUGAAGUACUGAGCUGAAGUGUCUGUGCUAGUCAAUGUGGGAUUUGUUAGGAGUGAGAACAUAUAGUGUGUAAUUGUUUGCAGAGUGACUGAUUUAAUGGUAUGCAUGUUAUUUAGUAUGUGUUUUCGAAGGAAGUGAUCACUAUGCCUGCUUAGACUUACGGAAUAAUGCACUUGAUGGAACAUUUGAAAUCUUUUACUUUCAGUGCGAGAAAAAUAUUGGAAGUCUUGAUGUAACUAUUGUUGAUUUCUUUUAGAUUCUUAUGUUAUUUAUUGUGAUUCCUGCUUACUGUCCAAACUGCUAUAAUCUGAAAAUCUUGGCUUAGCCAUUUUACAGCCCUUAAAGACCCUGAAAAUAUAAUGAAAUAUUUUAAGUAUUUCUCUGUAACAUCAACAAAGAUUCACAGCUAAUACAUCAACCGAGUUAAAGUCAGGAAAAGAGCGUUUUUAUUUUUUUAUUUAUUAACGAUGUAACAGUCAAAAACUGACAAAUCUGCUUCUUCGGGACUGUGUGGGAGUUCUUUUUAACAAAUGUGAUUGACAGUGGACUGGCAAAAUAAACAAACAAGCCCAACACGCAUUUUGAUUUCAAUUCUGAUUGGUCCAAAUCAGCUUUUUCUAGCUCAGACCCACCCACUAGCGAGAAGACACAAAACAGAAAUAGUUCUAAUUCUGGCAGAAAACGUGUUCAUGUAGGAUGCACUCUUUAUAAUCAGAAGCUGACUGUCAAAACAGCUUUUCAGGGCCUUUAAGGGAAAAGCCUUCCUUAACCUCCUUUAACCUUUUGUUGGCCAUUUGGUCAUUUGUUUUUGCAUUAUUCAUUAUUCAAAUUGACUGGACUGUUAACUCUAAACACGAGGUUUUGGUGUCAGUCCUGCAGAAUUAUACUGUGAGUCUUUGUAGAAUUGCCUUUUAUUCGCCAUCCAACAGUUCUCCAGGGAGACAUACAUCACAGAGACAAUAAAUCCACCAGCAGUAGCCUCAAUAGACGACAAUGCAGUACAGCCACAAGACAUGCGAUGGUUUGAGUAAGAAGUGACUCUCCUUUGGUGUUCAUUUCUCAAGAUUUUGCUGCCAACUUUAUCAUUGUGUUUUCUGCAAACUCGCAUAUAACCCAGAGAUGUAUAUUACAUGUAGAAGAAUACUUGGAAAAUGUACUCAUCUGAAUUCUGGUGAGAAGAUUGGUACCAUCGGUGUGUGUGUAUGCUAAAUAUGAAGCUACAACCAGCAGAUGGUUACAUUACCUCUACAACGGGACUAGAAGAAUCUGGACUGGCUGUGUCUAGAGGUUCAAAAUAUGCCUGCUAGCACCUCUAAAGUUCACGAAAUAACUUGUUAUAUCUUGUUUGAGUGAUCAGCACAAACAGUAAAGCAUAAAUAUGACAUGUUGCGGUUUACUGUCCAGCAACAACCUCUCAGACUGGCACAUAACUCUGCGUAAAACUGCAACUUCAUGUACACACACUGCUGUGUACUGUAUAUUUUACUACUUCUCGAUGGAGCCAUGCUAACUGUUUGCUCUUGUUUCGAGUUUUUGUGAUAAUCUAACCAGCUGCUUAUGACUGCUUCUCCUUUAGCAUACAGACCAAAGAGUUGUAUCCAUUUUCUCACCCAAGUGUAAGAAAGCUAAUACACGAAUAUCCAAAAUCUAAGGCCAUAAGAUCAAGGGAGUUCUUGGAGGGUGUCAGUAUGCAACAUUCCUGAUUGAACACCUCCUGAAAAGUAACUGAGGGUGGAUUUUUUCCUUCAAAUUCAGUCACAUAGAACCCAUUCACUCCAUCGACGCUCCUAAAUAUUCAGUCUAUAUUGUAAGAAGCAACUGAGGAAACUGAAGUUUAAACACUGCACAAAUGUGAUGAACUGAUGUCGUGUCUUUUUAUUUAACAAACUAGGCCUUGCCUGCUGAAAUGAGGAUAAUUAAUGCAUUGAAUAGCUCUAUAUUUCCUUUGCUUAGUUAAAUACUCAACACAUAAUGCUAGACAUCUGGCAGCUUUAGCACGGCACAUCCUGUCUGAAUGGGAACCUGUGAAAACUAAAUAGAUACGUGCUACUCUGGAUACAUCUCUAAAUACACUGCUUGAGUCAUCUGCCUCUAAAAGUAGUGCACCAGAGCUCACAUGAAUCUCAGAAGGCUAUAUUUGUCUUUGAUUAUAGCAGUAUAGAUUUUGGUUGGAUUAAAUGUGCAGGAUGUCCAGGUUUCAUCCCUGCUCAUUCUUUUACACCAGUAUUUAAGCUGAUCAAUUCACUCAUCUAUAUGUAACACGACACUGUUCAUAAUCUGUGGCAUUUAAAACAUAGUCAUGUUUUUUUGUAGGAACCUAUAUAAAGUUUUAAGUGGAUCAGAAUAUCAGAAUGAGUCAUCUCUCUUGUAACAGUAUAUGCAGAGAAAGAUGCGUCACUUAAGAGUAAUAAAUGGCAGUCUCCCUCCUCA